UAAUCAACAAAAAAUUCCUUAUUUUUCCCAAUUUCACUAUAAUAAAGGAAUUAAUUGGUAAAACUAUUGGAAGAUUGGAACACAGUGUUUAUGAUUGCAACUAUCAAAUAAGCGUAUCAAGAAUUUAAAUACAAAGUUUUUGCGCGCCAACAUGAAAAUAUCAAGUCGUAUACAAAUAUAAUCUGUAUUUUCCAGUACACUUUUGGCCAGCGGAACAUGUCACUGUAUUAAAACGCAGAGUACACUUUUAGCAAAAAAACAAGGCUUCUUAAUGUGAUAUCCAAGAGUUUAGUUUAUUUGUUUCAUUACAAUGGAUUUAAUUAAAGAAGAAGAAAUGUCUACAUGCUGUGUGAACUGUUUGAUCAAUUUCAAAGAUAGAAAUAUACAGUGCUACAAACUACAGAGUAUACAUUGGAAAAUUAUAUUUAAGGUUGACGCACUAUCUCUGUGUUUUAUAUGCAAGAAACUUGUACAAAAUGCGGAAUGUCUUAUAGAAAGAAUUCUAAAUAAUCAAAUCUUAUUUAAUUUAGAUAAUUUUUCAGAACAAAUUGUUAUACAACCACAUUUGAAUGUAGCAGUAUUAGAUGCAAUUGAAUUAUCAGAUAUUGAUAUGCAAACAGAAGAACAAACUAUUGUAUAUAAAAAUGGAAUAUAUAAAGAAUAUGUGGUGAAGAAUGAAAUGGAAUGGAAAUAUGAAGAACAUUUGCAGAAUGAAAAUGACUUUAUAGAUAUAGAUAUAGAAAUCAAAAAAGAACCUUUAGACAUUGCCGAAUAUGAAAGUGAUGAAAUAAAAAUACAAAAAAAAACUGUUUAUAAGAAAAAAGGAAUUAAGAAAGAUAGAAAAGAUAAUGCUAAAUUAGAAAAAACAACAAUUCAAAAGAUUUUUAUAAAUAAAGAACAAUUAAUGCAAGAGAGAAAUAUGAAGGCUAAUGAAAAGAUAUUCAUUAAUUGUCCAUACAAAUGUAUGGAUUGUGUGAAAGGUUUUGCAUAUAAAGGUACUUAUCAGAAACAUAUGGAAUUACAUAGUAAGGAUAAAGGUAAUUACGUAUGUAAUAUAUGUAAACAGAGAAUGGAUACAAACGACAAAUUGUUUCGGCAUAAAAAAUUACAUCAAAUCCGUUACAAAUGUUUGAUAUGCGGUGUCAUACAAAAGGCAUGUAUGAAAGAUCAUUAUAACUCGUGUCAUUCCAAAGUGGCUGUACUUUACAAAUGUCAAUCCUGUCCUAGGACAUACACAGAUCGUUAUUGUUUAAGGAAGCAUGUAAACAGUACUCACAGAAACAGACGUGUGAUUUGCGCACAUUGUAUGAAAACUUACGCUAGUAAAGAUGUACUCAGAAAUCAUAUACAAUUACGACAUCCAACAGUACUUCCUCCAACAGUAUUAAAGAAGACAAUUAUUUGCAAGGAAUGUGGUAAAGCAUUCCAAUCUCCGUCCCAAUUGAAGGCUCACAGUUUAAAACAUUCCUCAGAAAAGAGGUUCUAUUGUGUUGAAUGUGAUAAAAGUUUUAAGUCUGAAAAUAUAUUAAAGCAACACUUAAAAUUGACAGCGCGACAUAUCACCCCUAGUGAAUUACGUUUUCCUUGCACACAGUGCGACAGAAGAUUCAGCAUCAAACGAGACUUGGAACGACACAUGAACAGGAUACAUCUCAAUAUAAAACCUUAUAAAUGCGAUUUGUGUGAAAAGGCAUUUAAUAAUAGUUGGUGCAUGAAGAAACAUAGAAAGAUGACACACGAGGGAUACAAGAGGCCGUACAUAUUCCCUUGCACUAUGUGCGAUAAGAUAUUUGACCGAAAAUCUAUUCUCAAAUCGCACAUUAGAACACACACUGGCGAGCGACCGUUCCAGUGUACAAUAUGUCCGGCGACGUUCACGCAGUCCAGUAGCCUCCUCACACAUACAAAACUUGUACAUCUCAAGCAAACAAGAGCUGGAAAACCAAAAGGCAUCAAAUAAAUUAUUUAAAAA